AUGGUGGCUAUGGCGGCCAUGGAUGAGGAUCUCUGGACUGACAUCCUGCAUGCCUUCGAGCAAGAGGCUGGAGAGCCCCCUGCUUCGAAGCCGGAGGGUUGGGAGUUGUGCCUUCUGGCACGCGUCGCAGCAAAUCGCCUGGAAAGCACGAAGAGUCUUCGGAAGACUGUGGCCAAGAGGAUCGAACGGUUGCUCCUUGCUGCAGAGCCAAGUCUGGAUGACUGCCGCGGUGUGCUUGCACGAGGCGUGGGCAACGUGUUCGAGCUUUCAGCGCCUAUUCAGGAGGCACGGCGGCUUGUGAGCCGGAGCCUGACGUCUCGGUCACGAUCCCCUCGACGAGAGUGUUUGCGGCAGGCACAUGCGCUUCUGGAGAAUGCAGGCAGUGCCUGGAAGAACCAGCCCGAUGCGGUAGAAGUUGCGGCCAAGCUACUCUCAGCAGGGGAGGCGCUCUCACUUCUCGAGGAAGGAGGCGACCCACAAGAAUUGGUCGAGGAAAUCGCUGCGCCAGACACAGCCUCAGUGCAGAAUGGCUUUGAAACCCGCAUUGAAGUCAACGAAGACGUCAGCUUCGGGCUGGCCCGACAAAGCAGCGUAUUGGGCUUCAAGGGGUUGGGGUGA